AUGUUCAGCGCACUGGAAAUCAUGGAACCAGUGGUCGAAAAGUAUGGCUUCACUUUGGUGGAAGUAGCCCUUCGCUGGAUUGUUCACCAUGCUGCCUUGAAGGGCAGCUAUGGAAGUGAUACUACUGUCGUCGGCUUUAGCAGUUUUGGUCAGUUGCAGCCUAACUUGGCUGAUAUCGAGAAAGGACCUUUGCCCUUUGGGGUGGUCCACUGUCUUGAUCAGGCAUGGUAUGUUACCAAAGCCGAUGCAGCCAACUUCCGGCAUGGAGAGCUCAAAUAUGAAUAUGACACGCUGCAGAGCUCUUAA